AUGACUCGCCAAUCCACACUCAUUGCACUUCUACAACUACUGAUCGUCUCAUUACUUCCACAUUCGCUAUUUGCGCUGGACAGCAACGUGAAGAACCUGGUUGUUUUCGGUGAUUCCUAUUCCGACCUUGGAAACUUUCAUCGAUGGACAAACGGCCCUGUCUGGAGCGAAAACGUUGCGGUUGCUUGGAAUGCGUCGCUGUACAGCUUUGCAUACACCGGUUCGGCAUGUGACAACGAGCUAUUUCCCAACGUAUCGGCUGCAGACCAGAUGCCUAGUAUCCGCGACCAGAUUGAAAUGUUCUACAACCUCGACUUGAACUUGGACCCUACCGAAACCGUCUUUGCCGUCUGGGUCGGCAUCAACGAUAUCCAAAAGUCAUACCAGCAAAGCCUUGGUACGGAUGAGUUGCCUGACUUUAAGAAUGUUGCCUUGUGCAUCGGCCAGCAACUGCGAAACAUCCGCAAAGUGUUCCACGCCAGCCGCAUCAUGGUCUUCAACGUGCCUCCACUGGAACGCAUGCCGUUCUUUGCCGACAACGACGAGCACGCGGACAAGGAAGUCUGGGGUCAGGCUGCUGUGGAGCUCAACCGAAUGCUGCAGAACGAUGUUGUCAGCCUCAACAAGCACCAUCAUGCGCUUGAACUGGAUCUCGUUGACGUGCACAGUCUUUUGUCCGAUAUCGCUGCCGAUCCUCCGAUCUUUGGAUUCUCGGAUGCCACGCAUGCCUAUCUCGAUGCGUGCCAGGGCGCGUGCCAGGACGAAAUCAAUGACUUUGUCUGGUGGGACCGCACCCACUUGACCGGCGGCGCCCAUCAUGUCAUUGCCAACAGCAUCCUGCUUGCUGGCUCGUAUGCUCAGUCGACAUCGGUGGAUAUCACCCUGACCAACGUCCAAGCGCUUCUCGAGGAUCCCAAAUCACGAUACCGAUCCCCUGUCUACAUCCCCCCUCCCAACACGGGUCUCAUCGACCAGAUUGUCCAAGAGAUGACCAAGUCAACACCCUCCACGAUCGAAGUACAACAGGACCUCGACGAUGAGUACUUGCUUGGAGCGAGCCAUUUGCUGAAUCGUGUAUUUAUUUGGUCCACAUUGGUUCUGGCUGUGGCUGCCGUGCUGUUUGCAUGGAGACGUCAGCAGCAGCAUCGUCGAAGCCCUUGUCGAUGCCGCAGUGGUGGUGGUCUUUUGGACCCGAGCAGUAUCGAAUCCCAGCAUCGUGGUCGCUACUUUUCUCCCUUCCGUCCCAACAACAGCAAUGGCAACAGUGAAAUGACCGAGACCAAAUAG